CAAGACUUUCCGGAGUGAAUGUGUUAUUUCAGAAUAUGGAUUUGAUGCUAUUUUGACGAGGGUAAAACGUUCAAGAGUGGCGCUGUGCUGCGUCAUAAGUGGCGCACACACGCCGGUUGUUUUUGUUUAUAGUUUAUAUUUACACGUUUUGAGAGCUGUGGGAUUGUUUCGUGUGUUUUCUUUCUAGUCGGUUGUUUUUGAUAAUUUCACUUACAGGAAUUAUCUUUUCGUGUACAUUUACUUCCAGUGAAUGAAGGAGGUACGCAACAUGAGUGAAAUUUUAGAGGCCCCAGCGAAAAAGCCAAAGCUGCAAGAGGAAGACGAGCAAGAUGGAUCUGAACCAUCUGCAUUAAAAAAGAAGACUCCAGAGACCAAGCAGGCGAAAGAGUGCCCCUAUUUGGACACCAUCAAUCGUCAUGUUCUGGACUUUGACUUCGAGAAGCUCUGCUCGGUCUCCCUGUCCCGGAUCAACGUCUACGCCUGCCUCGUCUGCGGCAAGUACUUCCAAGGGCGAGGUCUCAGUACCCACGCCUACACCCACAGUGUCAGUGAGGGACACCACGUCUUCCUGAACCUGCAGACGCUGAAAUUCUACUGCCUCCCAGACCAGUAUGAGAUCAUCGAUUCUUCACUGGAGGAUAUCAAGUAUGUACUGAAUCCCACCUUCGAGAGAUCUGCCAUCGCCCGUCUGGACACACAGGAGUCGCUAUCUCGGGCGUAUGAUGGGUCAAAUUACCUACCGGGGACGGUUGGGCUUAACAAUAUCAAGGCAAACGACUACUGUAAUGUCAUCUUUCAGGCGUUGUCUAAUGUUGUCCCCAUCAGGGACUAUUUUCUGGACGAGUCCAACUACAGCGCAAUGAAGCCUCCCCCGGGAGACAACAUGUUCCUUCUCGUACAGAGGUUCGGUGAACUGGUCCGGAAACUGUGGAACCCCCGCAACUUCAAGGCGCACGUCUCCCCUCACGAGAUGCUGCAGGCGGUGGUGCUGUGUAGUAGGAAACGGUUCCAGUUCACCGAUCAAGGUGACCCUGUGACCUUUCUGUCAUGGUUCCUGAACGCUCUUCACAUGGCGCUGGGAGGCACCAAGAAGCGAAACUCGUCCAUCAUUUACAAGGCUUUCCAGGGCCGGAUGCGAGUCUACAGCCGGCGGAUGCCUCCAGAGGACCUGACGGCGGAGCAGAAGAAGGAGCUUCUCGAGACCCCUGAAUACCAGGAGACGCGGGAGGAGAUGCCGUUCCUGUACUUGACCGCCGACCUGCCGGCACCUCCGCUCUUCAGGGAUGAGCUCAAAGAGAACAUCAUCCCGCAGGUGUCUCUGUUCACGCUUCUGAACAAGUUCAACGGCAAGGAGGAAAAGGAGUACAAAACCUACAAAGAAGAGAUCGUCAAGCGGUUCGAACUGACGAGACUGCCGCCGUACCUCAUUCUCUGCAUCAAACGCUUCACCAAGAACACCUUCUUCGUGGAGAAGAACCCCACCAUCGUCAACUUCCCCAUCAAGAACAUCGACCUGGCCGAGUACUUGGCGCCCGACUGCGCCGCCGCCGCCGGAGAGACUGUCUAUGACCUCAUCACCAACAUCGUACACGAUGGAGAGCCGGGGGCCGGCAAAGGAACCUACCGCUGCCAUACGCUUCAUCGGGGAACCGGCCGAUGGUACGAGCUGCAGGAUCUGCACGUGCGAGACAUUCUCCCCCAGAUGAUCACACUCACAGAGUCCUACAUCCAGAUCUACGAACUACGGCAAACGCCGACCGACAAGUCAUGAUGACGUCAGACACCGACCAAUCGGCAGGCCGGCUCACUGCCUUUCAUCACCACUGAUGACAUCAUACGUUGUGGUACUGUGUGCUGACGUCGUGAUGACGUUUCUAACUUAAUACGUGUUGAUAUCACGUCAUUUGUGCUUUUGACAUGAUGUCGUGACGUCACUGGUGGUAUUAUGCGCGGUCCAAUGACGUCAUUUCACUGAUCAGCGCGAAAAGAGACCCCACUGUGCUAGUACUGUCACCAUGCCUGCUGACUGCUGAUGAAUGAAGUGAUGCCUUGUUUGUAAUAGACAAAUGGUCUUUCUAA